AUGACCUUAUCUGAGACUGUUCCAGGCAGUUCUUGUGCUCCGUCUGGGUGUGAUGUUGUUUCUGAGUUAGCAGUACAGCCGAAUACAGCUGAACUUUUACAGUAUGGCAGUGGGAAGCGGGGACAUUCUCCCAGCACCAAGAAGCGACUCGCUGAGAGCAACGCCCGGUACUAUGAGCUACAAAAGCAGUGUGGUAAAGAACUCAAAGAAAUGAUCCCGAAAGCAAUUUUGGUAAAGGCCGAGGCUCAUCCAGGGUCAAAGCGUGAGCUGCUGCAUACCAUGAAUGCAUUAAAGCUCUAUAUCACAGGCUUGUUAGAGGACAAGAAGCGGCUACAAGAGCAAAUCAUGCAAAGCUCUCACUCCAUGAACAUUAGAAAAAGCUGCGAUAAGGAAGUUGAGAUUGCACCAGGUUUACGGUCGCUCUGGCCUCGCCCAGCACAGCAGAGUGGCAUCAAGGUUGGAAAUGAUGACAAAGCAACUGCGGGCGCAACUGCUGUGAUGGAUGUGUCUGAUCUGGGCCGCGAGGAGGGCAAAGUCAUAGGUCGAUUGCCAGAGGUCAACCAUGCGGAUGGAACAUUGCCUGAAACGCCCACUCCAGAGAUCUCUCCUUAUGAUUCGCUCCUUCGUCAGGCAGUUGAGAAGUUGAUUGCCUUGACUAAAGAACGUGCUAUGGGAAGUCAGGGUGUUCUUGACAACAAGCAGAUUGACAGACUGAAUAUCGUUCAUGACUGCAUUGUCGAGAUGGUGGAAGAUAUGGGCAGAGAAUAA